CGCUCGCUGGUUCGAAGAGCAGCCGAUUCGUUCCUUAGACGUCGACUGUGUCGACUGCAUUCGUUCUUCUGCCAGACAGAAUACCAGACACUGUCUUCUUUCAGUCCUAUUCGAUUGUUCAGUCAAUCUGCAGACAUGUUCCUCAGAUCUUCGUUCAGAUAUUUACUUCUGGCUGCCGCAGUCACCUCUGCCGUCGCUCAGUCUGGGUCUAAGCACGUCUUUGCACACUUCAUUGUGAGAGAUCUCUCCUUGUUCUGGCAGAAUUUGUCUAAUUCCAUCGCAGGUCGGAAAUGCUGCAGAAAUGACUCCCCAACAGUGGGAGUCCGAUAUCCAACAAGCCAAAGACGCCCACAUCGACGGUUUCGCGCUCAACAUCGCCGCCAAAGACCCCAACACCGACGGCAUCCUGCAGAACGCCUAUGCGGCCGCCGAGGCCGUCGGCGACUUCAAGCUCUUUCUCUCCUUCGACUAUGA